UAGCGCGCGCCGCGGGACAGCCAGGCGCCCCUGUCCUCUGGCGGCGGCGUCUCGCUGCGUCGAGUAGUGGUGGUGGCGUGGCCUGCCGGCACGAUGGUCCGGGCGGCCGGCUCGCGCGCGCCGCCGACCCCGGGUCCUGCACGCUCGUACCGGCACGGCAGCCCGCCGCGCUGGCACCGCCGGCAGGUCGGCCGCCCCUCGUCGCACUUUAUCCGGCGCGACUUACACGUGGCGCAACCUGCUCGUCCCGGGGGGAACGGGGCGGCGUUCCGGGACCCGUUAACGGGGAACGAUGCUUGGGGAGGGGGUAGGGGCCAGAGAUGGAUUUGGGUGCAGGGGAUGGAAACCGGCGGGAAGGCGGCUUACCUGUGCGGACUUUCGGCUUGCGAGCCCGUAUACGGGGCACAGACGGGGCUGUCAUGGUCGAGGUCCAAAGGGGCGAUGUGCUGUCGGAACUGCGCGGCGGGGAGUUGGGUAUGUAGGUAUCUAUUCCGAUGUGUAUAUCGGCCAGCGGAUGUGCGGGCGUGUGUACGUAUGCUCGUAUGGUUAGGUAGUUGGUGCGGGAUUCUGGCGUGCGUGCUCCCCCCUCGAGUCGUAAGUUGGUACGACGCAACACAACUCGGAUCGGCGGCGGUCGUGGCGAUGCUAGGUCGGGUGCGGUUCCUUUGUGGUUCUUGUUUCGACUUGCUGAGGCAGCUUAAGUACUUAUGUAGAGAAGUCCUCCAGUGACGAGACGCUUACUCGCCGGUUCCUCCCCCCCUCCCCUUCG